CCAUUAAUAUCAUAAGAGAGAGGCCUAUUAACUCUCUUCUUCCUCACUCUCCCGCCGGCGUCAGCUAAAAUAGUAGUAGUACUGUUUUGCGGAGAAGAACUCUCGAGAACUGCCACGUCGCAGUGAUCCGACUACGACACCUUCUUCACUCUUCUUGCUUCUUCUUCUCUCUUUUUGAUCUCUCUGUUAUUUUUAAUUUAAUCGUUCGAAGUCUAUCUUUGAUUUUUCUGGGGAAAAAGAUGGGUGAAGAAGCUCGAGCUUUAGAUAUGGAGACAAGCGAAGAGAACACGACGACGAGACGAAACCAUACCGUUCAUGAAUUGAUGGUUGAUUUAUACCCACUAAGCAGCUACUACUUUGGUUCACGAGACGCUCUUACCGUCAAGGACGAGAUUAUCUCUGAUCGAGUCAUCAGAUUGAAAUCGAAUUAUGCUGCUCAUGGAUUGAGGACUUGUGUUGAAGCUGUUCUUCUGGUUGAGUUGUUUAAGCAUCCUCAUGUAUUGCUUCUUCAAUAUAGAAACUCCAUCUUCAAGCUUCCUGGUGGUCGUUUAAGACCUGGAGAAUCAGAUAUUCAAGGUCUGAAACGGAAACUAGCAUCAAAGCUUUCAGUUAAUGAAAACGUCCUUGUUCCGGGUUUGGAGGUAGGAGAAUGCAUUGGAAUGUGGUGGAGACCCAACUUUGAGACUUUGAUGUAUCCUUUCUUGCCGCCCAAUGUGAAGCAUCCAAAGGAAUGCUCAAAGCUUUUUCUUGUUAGAUUACCGGUACAUCAGCAGUUUGUCGUCCCAAAAAACUUCAAACUCCUUGCUGUUCCGUUGUGCCAACUUCAUGAAGAUGAAAAGACUUAUGGGCCGAUCAUAUCGCAAAUUCCCAAGCUGCUGUCGAAAUUCUCUUUCAACAUGAUGGAGAUAUGAAUAAUAAACCUGGUGAUCAUUGCCUCCCUCGCGAUAUCAUCAUAUGUUUGGUGAAAUCCUAUGUUGAGCCUCUGUGGCUAAUUUCUAUAGUAGGUUCAUAAGAGUUUGCACCAUGUGAUAUAUAGACAAUGUUGAAUAACACAGCAUGUUCUUGUUGGUUAGAGAGUAGACAUGAAAGUAUAGAUGACAGACAGUGGUGUUAAUUGAUAGAUACAUUACUUUAUUCGAAGUUUUUUUCUUUUCGUGUGAUUAUUUGUAACUUGCAAGUAAACAAACUUUUUUUUGUGGUAAAAGGAUUUUGUUAAAUUAA